AUGGCAAUUUGUGCAUUGAGCGCCUACCGAAUCAAGAGCGGCGCCACAAUUCUAUCGAACGUAGCUCCAAUGCAGAUCAACGUUGAAGCCCAUCCAUAUCUCGAGGAAGCCAUUUCGGCAGUUCCCCAGCGAUCGGUGGAAAUACAAGACUUCGAAAGUUUGCAAGCGAUAGGGAUCAUCUGCUUGACGGCAUUGGAAUCUGGAAAUGCUGAUCUGCUACACCAAUACUCCGGGCUAUAUCACACGGUUAUCGCAGAACAAGGCUUCUGUGAUGAAAGGCGAUGGGCAAGCAGCCUUUCGGAGAUUGAGAAGGAAGAACGACGGCGAUUGUACUGGCAUAUGUACCGUCUCGAGGUGCACACAUCUCUUGUCCUCGGUCACAUUAUACGUCUGCCAGAGUUACAGUCUGCGAUCGCUUAUCCAAGCUUCGUCGAUGAGGACUACACAAACUCUGACCCCGAUUCGGAAUGGCUGAGUGGGUGGAACUUUGUGACCGACAUAUACAGAGGCCUUGAGCAUCUUAUCGUGUCUUUCAGAUCUCGCCGAUCCUCAACUGAACUGGAAAGGAGGAAACUCUCGACAAGUUUCAUGCUUGACGCUAACACACAUGAGAAGGUAUUGUCUCAACUAGCGGAUGCAUAUCACAAGCUGCCAGCUCGCUUCAAAAAGGCGGCACCUCUGUCGUCUGAUACGAGACGAAACAGGUGCAGCUUCCAAGCUGCAAAUAUUAUUUGUACCUACCAGCUGAUGAAUAUGGUAUCGUUCACCAUAAGCGAGGCGACAUUUUAUGAAGCGUGUCAAACUGCUUUGGAAUUGAUAGAAGAGAUGUCAACUAUCCCAACGGGUUAUCUCAGAGCAAUGAGCCUAGCAAUGUUGCAAGAGCUUGCCGGCUUUGGACAUAUAUUGAGCAGUUUCAUUGGGAAAGAGCUUCAUCGUUCAGACUAUCGGCAUCUGAGAACAGUCAUGUAA